AUGGCUCAGAAUCAACAACAAGUUUCUCUACCAUCACAACACAUGAUUUUGUCUACAAAUAUGCCCCCCGCUCGUCGGCAAGUUGAUACAGAAUACCUUAUAUCGAAAGAAAAGCAACAGGCAUCGCCGAUAACAUUCCAUCCAGCUGUUCGUAUUCCAAUAGCAGUAUCACACGCGAUGACUAACCCUACGAGCACGUCUACUCCGACAAAGCGUGGACAUGGUGAUGUCAGUAGCAAUUCUGAGUCACAUACCUAUAGUCACCAGCAACAACAUCAAACGCGUGUUUUUAAUGCGAAGAAUACCCCGAUGAAGCGUCUGCGUGGUAAUCCGCAGCAAGGAAACGGUGUUUCUAUGCAACCAGCGCAAGAUCUUCUAGGUGAAUGGAAACAAACAGGCACUGCAGUUGCCGGUAGUCGUAAUCGCUAUAAUGAGCAACAACCAUUAUCCGAUGCUGCGCACCGGUUCGCUACGUCUCGAUAUCCGUUCUCUCCAUUCUCGAUUGUCUUCCAGCAGGAAGUGCGCGAUAAAAACGUGGUAGAUGAUCUUAUUACACACGCAUUGAAAGCCUUUAGUUUCGAACUGAAAACUGUCGCUUACCGCCGUGCUCGUGCUGAAAACAAUGAAUGCCGCGUCCUAGUAUUUGUGGAAAACACAGAAUCAUUCGCCUUCCUAUAUGAUAAAAGUCACUGGCUACCAAUACUUGCUGAACGGGCGUAUACAACGAAAACUCCUUCGAUCCCUCCACAACUCUCUCUCGUUCUUCCGUCCGUCUCUCUUCAAAUCGAGUGGGAAGAAUUCGUGGAAGACAUCUAA